UGGACGGGCAGCUCUCCACAGAAUCCAGGGGACGGUUGCUGAGCGGGACUGGGACACCGGGUCGCGGCGCCUCCCGCCUGCGCGUGUCUAAUCCAUCUGUCUGGUCCCGAAAGAGCUAAGCCGAGCCUGCGCCGGACGGGUGGGCUGGACUGAGAGAAUCCUCUGAGCUGGUGACAGGUGCCACAGGCACUGGGGAUCUCACCAGAAAGGAACCAACGGAGCUAGGGGCCAGUGAGAUGGCAGACGAGGCCUUAGCUGGGCUGGAUGAGGGAGCCCUUCGGAAGCUGCUGGAGGUCACAGCAGAUCUGGCAGAGCGGCGGCGCAUCCGCUCAGCCAUCCGGGAACUGCAGCGGCAGGAGCUGGAGCGCGAGGAGGAGGCCCUGGCAUCCAAGCGUUUCCGUGCCGAGCGGCAGGACAACAAGGAGAACUGGCUGCACUCUCAGCAGCGGGAAGCUGAGCAGCGGGCUGCCCUGGCACGGCUGGCAGGGCAGCUGGAGUCCAUGAACGAUGUAGAGGAAUUGACUGCACUGUUGCGAAGCGCUGGUGAGUAUGAGGAGCGCAAGCUGAUCCGAGCUGCCAUCCGCCGCGUACGGGCUCAGGAGAUUGAGGCUGCCACCUUGGCUGGGAGGUUGUGCAGCGCGCGUCCCAACAGUGGCUUAAGAGAGGACAGCAAGGGGCGAGUGGCACACAGGCUGGAACAGUGUGAGGUGCCAGAGCGAGAGGAACAGGAACAGCAGACAGAGGUCUCAAAGCCAAUUCCCACCCCUGAAGGCACCAGCCAGGAUGUGACCACAGUGACACUCCUGCUGCGAGCCCCACCUGGGAGCACAUCCAGCUCACCUGCCUCACCCAGCAGUUCACCCACCGCUGCCUCUCCUGAGCCUCCAUUGGAGCCUGCCGAGGCCCAGUGCCUUACAGCCGAGGUUCCAGGCGCCCCAGAGCCACCCCCCAGCCCACCCAAGACCACCAGCCCUGAGCCUCAGGAGUCUCCAACGCUCACCAGCACUGAGGGCCAGGUGGUCAACAAGCUUCUGUCUGGCCCCAAAGAGACCCCUGCUGCCCAGAGCUCCACCAGAGGCCCUUCUGACACCAAGAGAGCAGACGUGGCUGGACCCCGACCCUGCCAACGCUCCCUGUCGGUGCUCAGCCCCCACCAGCCAGCCCAGAACCGAGAGUCCACCCCCCUUGCCAGCAGACCUUCCUCGUUCCAGCAGGCUGGCUCUGUGCGGGACCGUGUCCACAAGUUCACAUCAGAUUCUCCUAUGGCUGCUAGGCUCCAGGAUGGCACACCCCGGGCUGCCCUAAGUCCCCUGACCCCCGCAAGGCUCGUGGGCCCCUCCCUCACCAGUACCACCCCUGCCUCCUCCUCCAGCGGCUCCUCCUCUCGGGGCCGCAGUGAUACCUCCUCCCGGUUCAGCAAGGAGCAACAAGGAGUAGCCCAGCCCCUGGCCCAGCUUCGAAGCUGCUCCCAGGAGGAGGGCCCCAGGGGGCGGGGCUUGGCUCCCAGGCCCCUUGAAAACGGAGCAGGGGGGCCUGUGGCACGUUCAGAGGAGCCUGGUGCCCCAUUGCCCGUGGCCGUCAGCACUGCCGAGCCAGGGGGCAGUAUGAAGACUACAUUCACCAUCGAGAUCAAGGACGGCCGUGGCCAGGCCUCCACAGGCCGGGUGCUGCUGCCCACAGGCAACCAGAGGGCAGAACUGACACUGGGGCUGCGGGCGCCCCCGACCCUACUCAGCACCAGUAGUGGGGGCAAGAGCACCAUCACUCGUGUCAACAGCCCUGGGACCCUGGCUCGGCUGGGCAGUGUCACUCAUGUCACCAGCUUCAGCCAUGCCCCCCCCAGUAGCCGAGGAGGCUGCAGCGUCAAGAUGGAACCAGAGCCAGCAGAGCCUCCCUCUGCAGCAGUGGAAGCAGCCAAUGGGGCCGAGCAGACCCGAGUGAACAAAGCACCAGAGGGGCGGAGCCCUCUGAGCGCUGAGGAGCUGAUGACUAUUGAGGACGAAGGAGUCUUGGACAAAAUGCUGGAUCAGAGCACGGACUUUGAAGAGCGGAAGCUCAUCCGGGCUGCACUUCGUGAGCUCCGACAAAGGAAGAGAGACCAGCGGGACAAGGAGCGGGAACGGCGGCUGCAGGAGGCACGGGGCCGGCCAGGGGAGGGCCGCGGCAACACGGCCAGUGAGACCACCACGAGGCACAGCCAGCGGGCAGCUGAUGGCUCUGCUGUCAGCACUGUUACCAAGACUGAGCGGCUCGUCCACUCCAAUGAUGGCACACGGACGGCCCGCACCACCACAGUGGAGUCAAGUUUCGUGAGGCGCUCGGAGAAUGGCAGUGGCAGCACCAUGAUGCAAACCAAGACCUUCUCCUCUUCCUCCUCAUCCAAGAAGAUGGGCAGCAUCUUCGACCGCGAGGACCAGACUAGCCCACGGGCCGGCAGCCUGGCGGCGCUCGAGAAACGCCAGGCCGAGAAGAAGAAAGAGCUGAUGAAGGCGCAGAGUCUGCCCAAGACCUCAGCCUCCCAGGCGCGCAAGGCCAUGAUUGAGAAGUUGGAGAAGGAGGGAGCGGCCGGCAGCCCUGGCGGACCCCGUGCAGCCGUGCAGCGAUCCACCAGCUUCGGGGUCCCCAACGCCAACAGCAUCAAGCAGAUGCUGCUGGACUGGUGCCGAGCCAAGACUCGCGGCUACGAGCAUGUCGACAUCCAGAACUUCUCCUCCAGCUGGAGUGAUGGGAUGGCCUUCUGUGCCCUGGUGCACAACUUCUUCCCUGAGGCCUUCGACUAUGGGCAGCUUAGCCCUCAGAACCGACGCCAGAACUUCGAGGUGGCCUUCUCAUCUGCGGAGACCCAUGCGGACUGCCCGCAGCUCCUGGAUACAGAGGACAUGGUGCGGCUUCGAGAGCCUGACUGGAAGUGCGUGUACACGUACAUCCAGGAGUUCUACCGCUGUCUGGUCCAGAAGGGGCUGGUAAAAACCAAAAAGUCCUAACCCCUGCUCGGGGCCCCACGGAUGCUAGUGGACUGUGUGCCCCUGGUGGAGGUGGAGGACAUGAUGAUCAUGGGCAAGAAGCCUGACCCCAAGUGUGUCUUCACCUAUGUGCAGUCGCUCUACAACCACCUGCGGCGCCAUGAACUGCGCCUGCGCGGCAAGAAUGUCUAGCCUCCCUGCUCGCAUGGCCAGCCAGUGGCAAGCUGCCGCCCCCACCCUCCGGGCACCGUCCCCUCCCUGUGCGCCCGCCCACCGCUGCCCUGUCUGUCGCGACACCCUCCCCCCACAUACACGCAGUGUUUUGAUAAAUUAUUGGUUUUCAACGA